GUCAAAUAUACGGAGAGCAAUCUAUCUGGAUACGCACCCUGAUGCCACCCCGUAAGGAUCAGCCUUACAUAAACUUGUGCUGAUUUAUUGUUACCACUUGAGUUUUUUGCCUCCGCCGUGAGUUUUUAUACGACAAAAAAAAAAGUCGCCCCUCCGCAUUCUUGGGGUGGUGCUUGUCCUCCUCUCUCCAUUUUGUCUGCAUUGCACAUGUUAUUACAUAUUAUAUGUCACCCCCCCAAAAUCUCUGGAGUAAGAUCCCACACGCCAGCUUUGCACCACGAAAAAGUUUUACAUCUAUCUGGGGACGAGAUCCUCAAGUGACGGGGAAACACCAUGGACGAAACCCAACCGUUGCUCAGAAAUACCAUCCAGGCCCAGCAAGGCCCGGACAAAGCCGCUCAGCCAACGGACAUUGUUGAUUUCGAUCCCAACGGCGACCCGGAAAACCCAAGAGACUGGCCGAAUGCCUACAAAUGGGGGAUCGUGGCUUUGCUUGCUUUCAUGGCUUUCACAGUGACUUUCACAUGUAUAUCUGUCGUGCCCGUGGCAAACCGGAUCGUGUACGACCUCGACGGCACAAGCAGCAAGUCCGCCAGCGUCCUCCUCGUCACGAUAUGGGAAUUCGGCGAGGCGUUUGGGCCCCUCGUGCUGGCGCCGCUGUCUGAGUCGUUUGGGCGGUACCCGGUCUUCAACGUCGCCAACGUCCUGUUCAUCUCCGCCACUGUGCUGGCGGCACUGUGCCAAAGCACCCCGCUCUUCAUCGCCGCGCGGGCCUUGACCGGUGUGGCGGUCGCCUCGAACGUGCUGAACCCGGCCAUCGUGGGCGACAUGUUCGUCUCGGAGCAGCGCGGGUCGGCGAUGAGUUUCAUCAUGCUCGCGCCCUUGCUGGGAGGAGCCAUCGGCCCUGCCAUCGCCGGCGCCAUCGCCGAGACGCUGGGCUGGCGCCAGGUCCUCUGGGUGGGCGUCACGCUGGCCAGUGCGUGCGAGGUCGCCUUCCUGACCUGUUUCCGCGAGACGUACAAAGUCGCCAUCCUCAAUCGGAGAGUGGCCAGGUUGAGGAAGGAGACGGGCAACCUCGCGCUACGGACCGCGGUCGACGUGGACGACGCCGAGGCCAACGUGAAGCGAUCCACGAAGCUGUGGGACUCGGUCCUGCGGCCCUUUGUCGUCUUCUUCGACUCGGGCGUGCUGCAGGCCAUGUCCCUCUUCGGGUCGCUGGUGUUCACCUAUUUCUACGUCAUGUCGACGACGCUGCCGGAUAUCUUGGAGGGAAUAUACGGCCUCUCACCCGCAUUGACGGGAUCCAUGUUCAUCAGUUUCAGUGUCGGAUCCGUCAUCAGCGUGGUCAUCUGCAACCUCUUCCUCGACAGAGUCUACAUCCGCCUGCGCGACGCCCAGAAGGGCGGCUCGCGCGAAGGCCAACCCGAGUACCGGCUCCCGCUCGCCAUCAUCGGCGGCUUCACGCUCCCCUUCAUGGUCGCCCUGUACGGCUGGGCGGCCGAACUCCGCCUCCCGCUCCCGAUCUUGAUCCUCAUCCUCGUGCUCCUGGGAAACUCGAUGAUGCUGGGCUUCAUCCCGCUGAUGGCCUUUGUGGUCGACGCCUUCAAGCUGUAUUCCGCCAGCGCCAUGACCGCGCUGAUCGUCACGCGGUGCUUGAUGGGGACGUUCCUGCCCCUGGGCGUCGAGCCGUUGGUCAAGGCCAUGGGAUACGGUUGGGGCUUCACCAUUCUGUGUGGGCUCAGCCUCGGGACCGCGCCGAUUCCCGUCCUGAUCUAUCGUUACGGUUCGAAGUGGAGGAGGCUGUCGACGUACACAGAACAAGAUGACUAGAGGACUUUUCGAACGAUAUGUGAAGGCCGUCUGGGGGUCAUUCCACUGACGAAGCAAAAAGCAGCGACAACCGCAUGGCGUUCUGGAGUUUUAAUGUUCGAGGUGGUCGGAGCGCAUUUUCAGGUCGGGCAGUCUAGGAAGGGAACGGUUCGAUGCGUCUUUGACGAGACGGGUACUACAUUCAUGGUCUUCGAAGGAUAGAUAAACUUAGACAGGCAGAGAACUUCAACACAGCGGCCGGUUAGCUCUUUUUUUUCCCGAAACAACCU